AUGCCACCUGAAGUGAUGCAGAGUUCCGUAAACAUAAUUAAUAAUUCCCUCAAAGUGAUCACGACAGGUCCUAAUGGCGGACUCAUCAAUACCUUGAUAACUGACGACGUAAACAAAACUUGCCCGAAUGAAUUGAAUGUUGAAACUGCUAGCGGUGGAAAUGCCGUUGUUGAUAAAUUACCUGUUAAUGAAGGAGCCAUAGUUGAGAAGAAAAUGCCACGGAAAGUAAUAAGACCUAAAGUAUUAAAGAAUUAUGAAUCUGGACAAUACAUGUAUGAUCGACUAUACGAUGUGCCGUGUCCAGGAAUGCCAACAUUAUGCAACGAAAGAGCGUGCCUUGGCAGUUUAAUGGCCAUUCCUGGCCGCGGAGACGUGCCAAGGGAGUCGGAAGAGGUCCUCAAGGAUGCCAAAGACUUUCUUGGACAAUAUUUCGCUUCUAUACGAAGGGCUAACACGCCAGCCCAUGAAGCUCGCUGGAAGACAGUGCAGGAGGAGGUUACACGAACAGGAACAUAUCAGUUGACUACUACGGAACUAGUGUUUGGAGCCAAACUGGCUUGGAGAAACGCUAGUAGGUGUAUUGGCAGAAUACAAUGGUCUAAACUUCAGGUGUUCGAUUGCCGACAAGUCACAACUACUAGCGGUAUGUUCGAAGCACUUUGCAAUCAUAUAAAAUACAGCACGAACAAAGGGAACAUCAGAUCAGCUAUAACAGUGUUUCCACAACGCACGGAUGGUCAACACGAUUAUAGGAUAUGGAACAGUCAGCUCAUCAGCUAUGCAGGGUACAGGCAAGCUGACGGUACUGUACUUGGGGAUCCCAUGCAUUGUGAGUUCACUGAGCUAUGCCUAAAAUUAGGCUGGAAACCUCCACGCACAGCGUGGGAUAUUUUGCCAUUAGUGCUAUCAGCCAAUGGAAAAGAUCCGGACUAUUUUGAAAUCCCUCGCGAGCUGGUCAUGGAGAUUAAUAUGACACAUCCUACGCAAGAAUGGUUUGAGGAGCUCGAACUCCGUUGGUACGCGUUACCAGCGGUCUCUAACAUGCGCUUCGAUUGUGGUGGCAUAGAAUUCACUGCGAAUGCUUUCAACGGUUGGUAUAUGAGCACGGAAAUUGGCUGUCGCAAUUUUUGUGACAUUAACCGAUUAAACAUGUUGGAGAAAGUGGCUCAAAAAAUGGGCUUGGAUACAAGAACGCCUGUAAAUUUGUGGAAGGACAAAGCCCUUGUUGAAGUAAAUGUGGCUGUAUUACACAGUUUUCAGCAACAUAAUGCUACUAUCGUUGAUCAUCAUACUGCUUCUGAGAGCUUUAUCAAGCAUUUGGAUAAUGAGAACAGACUCAGGUCUGGAUGUCCCGCUGAUUGGAUAUGGAUUGUGCCACCAAUGUCAUCUUCUAUUACUCCAGUGUUUCAUCAGGAAAUGGCAUUAUACUAUUUGAGACCUGCAUAUGAAUAUCAAGAACCAGCUUGGAAAACUCAUCAGUGGCAAAAAUCGAAGCCGAUUACAGGCAAAAGACCUAUAAAUAGAAAAUUCCACUUCAAGCAAAUAGCGCGUGCGGUGAAGUUUACAUCGAAGCUCUUCGGCCGAGCACUUUCUAAAAGAAUAAAGGCGACUGUCUUAUAUGCUACUGAAACAGGGAAAUCGGAACAGUAUGCUAAGGAAUUAGGAGUCAUUUUCGGACACGCCUUUAAUGCUCAGGUGCACUGUAUGGUAGAUUAUGACAUAACGUCUAUAGAACAUGAAGCCUUACUGAUGGUUGUAACAUCCACUUUUGGAAACGGUGAUCCACCGGAAAAUGGUGUGGCUUUUGCAGAACAUCUUUGUGAAAUUUUAUAUGCUGACCAAGUUGGCGAUGAUAUCAGUGGCAAUGUUCAAUCACUUACUCCGAAGACUUUCAUAAAAGCCAAUAGUCAGAUGGAAUUCCAGAGAUACACAUCUGGUACUACGAAAAAGUUGAGCCGAUUAGAAUCAUUAAAAGGAAGUGUAACUGACGCCACAUCAAUCGACAGUUUUGGUCCACUGAGCAAUGUUCGUUUUGCUGUGUUUGCCUUGGGCUCUAGCGCCUACCCGAAUUUCUGCAACUUCGGCAAAUACGUCGAUAAACUAUUGGGUGAUUUGGGAGGGGAACGUAUCCAUGACCUUGCGACCGGUGACGAGAUGUGCGGUCAAGACCAAGCCUUCAGGAAGUGGGCCUCUAGCGUGUUUAACGUUGCUUGUGAAACAUUCUGCUUAGAUGAUGACGAAACUUUACAAGAAGCUAAGCGGGCUCUAGGCAGUGUUGCUCUUAGUGAAGAAACAGUACGAUUCAUAUUACCAGUUGGUCGUGCACCCACUCUUACAGCUGCUUUGCAAUCUGCAUUAAACAAAAAAUUCGUGACAUGCAUAGUGAAAGCUAAUAAGGAUUUAGGCGAUAGUUCCGCUGAGAGAUCUACAAUAUUUAUAGAUAUGGAACCUAAGGAGGAAAUAAAAUAUGACCCUGGAGACCAUGUGGGUAUUGUCGCAUGUAAUCGUAAAGAAUUAGUUGAUAGUCUGUUGGCUCGACUAAAAGAUGUGGACGAUUAUGACGAACCAAUACAACUUCAGCUAAUGAAAGAAACCCAUACUUCAAGUGGACCUGUAAAAUCCUGGGAACCACAUGAAAGACUUCCAGUAGUUAGCGUGCGAGAACUAUUCACAAGGUUCCUAGAUAUUACAACGCCACCAACUACCAUCCUUUUGCAAUAUUUAGCAAAGACUUGUGAUAACGACGAAGACAGGAAACAGCUAAAUUUACUUGCAACGGAUCCUGCAGCUUAUGAAGAUUGGCGUCAUUAUAACUUCCCAACUAUAUCAGAGGUUUUAGAACAAUUUCCAUCUGCUAGACCGAGUGCAUCGCUUUUUGCUGCACUGUUGUCUCCUCUGCAACCCAGAUUUUAUUCUAUUUCGUCAUCACCAAUUGCUCAUCCCAAAAGAUUGCAUCUUACAGUUGCUGUGGUCACAUACCGAACUCAAGAUGGAGAGGGUCCAGUCCACUACGGUGUUUGUUCAAAUUAUCUCAUGGAUUGUAAGUCUGGCGAUGAGGUUUACUUAUUUAUACGAAGUGCGCCAAAUUUCCAUCUUCCACAAGAUCUAUCAGUGCCACUUAUAUUGAUAGGCCCAGGAACUGGAAUUGCUCCGUUCAGAGGUUUCUGGCACCAUCGAAGGGCCCUAUUAAAUUCCCGAACACGGCCAAAUGCAGGCCCUGUUUGGUUAUUCUUUGGGUGUCGUACAAAAACUAUGGACUUAUACCGAGAGGAGAAAGAACAAGCUCUCAAGGAAGGAAUAUUGUCAAAAGUAUUCCUUGCGUUGUCAAGGGAAAAAAAUAUUGCCAAAAUGUAUGUUCAAGAAUUGGCAGAAAAAGAAGGAUUUGAAAUCCACGAUCUGCUAAUAAACAAAGGAGCUCACUUUUAUGUCUGUGGUGACUGCAAGAUGGCGGAGGAUGUUCAUCAGAAGUUGAAGGGCAUCAUUAAGAAGCAUGCAAAAAUGACAGAUGAACAAGUGCAAAAUUUCAUGUUUAUGCUAAAGGAGGAGAACCGUUAUCAUGAGGACAUCUUCGGAAUUACCCUUCGCACAGCGGAGGUCCACAGCGCGUCGCGAGAGUCAGCUCGCAGGAACCGCGUAGCUGCACAACCAUGA